AUGCAGUUCGGCAAAGGUGGCGGUUCGUCGCCGCCAGGAUCUAUCACGAACGAUGACACAACAUCUCACGAGAGCGGCGGACACGAACGAAAAGAAGCUGGUGACGAGUUCCUUCUCGGUGAUGACUACGUGCCACCAACCGGAUUGAAGAAGUGGAUGCAAAUGCGUAUUGGGGAUUGGCCCGUCUAUUCACUUUUCCUCGGUCUGGGACAGAUUAUUGCAGCUAAUUCCUAUCAAAUUACCCUGCUCACUGGUGAAGUUGGUCAAACGGCAACGAAAUUAUACGGUAUCGCCACUGUCUACCUGAUUACAUCCAUCCUCUGGUGGUUCUUCUUUCGGUUCUUCAAAUCCGUUCUCGUCCUUACUGUGCCUUGGUUCCUUUAUGGCCUUGCUUUUUUGAUCAUUGGCGUUGCUCAUUUUGAACCAAACUCCUUCAACCGUGGAUGGAUCCAGAAUGUUGGAAGUGGCAUCUAUGCAGCUGCGUCUUCAAGCGGUUCUAUUUUCUUCUCUCUCAAUUUUGGAGAUGAAAGUGGUGCCCCUGUCAAGAAAUGGGUAUUCCGUGCCUGCCUGAUCCAGGGAACACAGCAGGCAUAUGUUAUCGCUCUCUGGUAUUGGGGGUCAACUUUGACGAAAGCCACAAAUGCAGGCAAUUUGAACGUGCAAGGCAACAUCACAAACACCUGGAGGAUGACGUUCGUGCCCUUUUCGUAA